AUGACAACAAAAGUCGAUGAGUAUGCGUUGCUAAAGCGCAAAAUUAGCGAUCAGAUAGUACAACGAAUUUGCGGUCUACCUGACACUGAUACGCUGGACGCAGAUUGUGCCAAGCUAAUCGAGCAGCUGCAAGUGUUAGACAAGCAGCUGCAGGUGCCCAAUAAUCUGCAGGCAGAGCUACACUCGGCUCUCACUCGGAAGCAGCAAUUGCAAGAUGAGCUGCAGACACUGCAUGGUAAAAUUAAGAGCUGUAAGGAACAAAUAAAGGAGCUAAAUGCACGCGCAGCACAGAAUGUCAACAACUUUAAGAUGUUGGACCAGAAUCUAAAGGAAGUGAAGCGACAUAUAGAGACGCAGACGUAUACAGUAGAGCAGGUGGAACAGUUGCAAGUGCAGUUGGUGGACUUGAAGAACGAAAGGCAAUUCCAUGUGAGUCAACUUAACGAUUUGGGCAAGCACAGUGACAAGCAGCAAGUGCGACUCUCACGCGUUAAAAAGGAACUGCUGGACCAAGUGGAAAAGUACAACAAGCAAGCACAGAACAUAGCGCUGGACUCGGACAUUGACAAAACCAUAGAGCUCAAGCAGCUGGUGUUGAUGUUAUCGUUCCCGCCGCAGCUGGAGAGCAUACAGCAAUGUCGCCAGCGUCUGACCAAACUGUCGGCUCUGCUAAAGCAGCACAAUCUGCAAUUGAAGGAGCGACUGCGCCAACUGGAGCCCUACUAUAACGAAAUAUUGCUUAAUAAUGAACAACUUGAAGCACGUUUGACCAGCUGCAAGGCGCUGCUAAAGACUCAAGAGCAGCAGCUAGCCGAAUUGCAGCAAAUGUGCAAGGCGAAGGCGAGCAAAUGGCAACAGUAUCUGCAGCAGCUAAACGACCGCAAAGCGCAGCAGGCUACGUCCAUUAUAAAGCUGCAACAGCAGAAUGAUGAGUUGACACGCCAGCUGGAGUCCUUGAAAAAAAAUAAUUUAGGUAUUGUCAGUGCUGGUGAGCUGCGGCAGCAGGAACAGUUAAAGGCCAAGGACAAGUACAUCAAGGAGCAGACAGCGCUGCUGUCGGAAAUCGAGGAUAAGGCACAGCAGCUGAGGAUGGCCAUGGAGCAGAACGAAAAGCUGCUGACCAAGGCUGAAGAGCUCUUGGACAGCAUUCAGCUGACUCCAUACCAAGAUCAGCUAGCUGACAUGUUCAAUAAGAAGAAAGAAUCCUAA